UGCUCACUCCCUUGCUGCGGUCUGCCUGGUCACUGCGCUUGGUUGCAGAGCACUUGGUUCUUGUGUGUAUUGGUCUCCUGGUUCUGUAAUGCAGCUGGAAUUGUACGAUAUCGUCAUAUCACUGCAGCUGGGGAUUUCCUAAUACCUGCUCAUUCAUGCUGGCCAUCCAGAACCUCAAACGGUGUUUGUUUUUCUCUCUUGAAAAUGCUUAUCUAAAAGCGUGGUCAUGAAGUAGGUCAGUUCAAAACAAUGGACUCUGCAGGACAUCCUCGCAGGCGUCAAAUCGCCAUCCAUGCCCUAAAACCAAUUCUUCGCGCUUAUGUAUUGGGCCAUUUAUCCUCCACUGCACCCAGGAUAGUUUCAUGCUUACAGCGCAUCUGGAAAAACGACCUGGAUCAUAAACAGAAAUUCAAAGAGCUGUCUUCGGUAUUUGGAAGCUCACUAAGGCUAGAGAGCUUCCCAACGUUCUGUGGGCUUCUUAUCGGGGGCUCCACGAUUUUGCCGCUGUUAUGUUUUCGGAUUUUGCGGCGUGUGAGCCGUAGUCUUGGCUCGCGAGCUGACAUUCUCGCUUCGGCGAAAUCUUUGCGGUUGGUGAGGUUCAUUGCUACCCUGGUUUCUGCGUGGUUCACGUUUGGACUCCUCAACCAAAAGCCUAUUAAAUUACAAGGAAAUCUGGAAGAGCGCCAGAACGGUGCAAGCCAGAGGAAUGUUACCGGGAAAAAUGACGGUAACGCCGCAGCUCUCGGUCGUCCUCAGCUUGCCGGUAGGACAAUGGAUCUUACUCUCUUCAGUCUUACUAGAGCGGUAGAUUCCAUGGCCUGUAUGGCGUGGGCGCGGUGGCGUUUACGACGGAAAUCCCAGGGUCACCGGACUCUUGUGGAGGUUUAUGCGCCUCAAUUGGCAGAUGCAGGGUUGUUUGCAGCCAGCGCUGCAAUCGUGAUGUGGGCAUGGUUUUAUAUGCCCGAAAGGCUACCUAGGUCUUACGGGAAAUGGAUUGGAGAGGCUGCAAAGGUAGAUAACCGCCUAAUCGAGGCCCUUCGCCGAGCCAGAAGAGGAGUCUUUGUCUAUGGAAAAGACACGGGCCAAGCUCCUCUUCUCGAAUCUAUGUGCAAGGAUUAUUCCUGGCCCGUGGAAUGGGGGGACCCAAUGAAAACAGUUCCUAUACCGUGUGAAAUGGUUCAUAUGGGCUGUGGUCCUAGCUGUGAGAAACAUGCCGCAUAUCGAUUCGCUCGAACCUUCAAGUUUGCUUGUGCAACUUACAUACCGCUCCAAAUUGCUUUCCGCCUUCGGAAUAUUAAAUCAAGGUCAUCCAUUUAUCGAGCGAUUUCCGAUGCCUUGCGAUCAUCAUCUUUUCUUGCUUCCUUUGUGAGCAUCUUCUAUUACUCUGUCUGCCUGGCUCGAACGCGCAUUGGACCCAAAAUCUUCGACAAAGAAACGGUGACGCCCUUAAUGUGGGACUCUGGACUGUGUGUCGGUGCCGGAUGUCUUAUGUGCGGCUGGAGUAUACUCGUGGAGAACGCCCGAAGACGCCAGGAAAUUGCCUUGUUUGUGGCACCCAGGGCUGCAGCCACCGUGCUGCCAAGAUAUUACGAUAAAAAGUAUCAAUACCGAGAGCGCGCCACAUUUGCUAUUAGUGCCGCCAUCCUUCUAACUUGCCUUCAAGAGCGACCCAGCUUGGUUCGAGGUGUCUUUGGGAAGAUUGCAACAAGCGUUUUGAAAUAGCGUUCUCACCAGAGUGAUAAAUUCAUUUGU